AUGACGCUGUGGUUGUUCGGUCCGCAUGCGGUCGAAGGUGCGCUGGUGAACGAUGCUGGCAACGUCCUUCAGAUUUGGAUCAGCCGCGAACGUAAGGACCAGCGAAGUCGCAGCCUGAUCGACAGUGCUGAGGAGCUGGCGAUCAGGGUUAGCCGACCGCCGCGAGCGGAAUUCGACCGCCGUUUCGCCGGCAAGGUCCAUCAGGGCAUGGCUGCCGAGUAUCAGGAACCAGCUCUGCUUGAUGAGAAAGAUCUGGUCAGUCUGAUCAACGAACGGGCGUUGCUGUUAGUGCUUGACCAUGUUCAGGACCCGCGGAAUUUCGGUGCAUGCUUGCGUAGCGCAGCAGCAGCCGGUGUGACUGCGGUGAUUUUUCCGAAGGAUCGAUCGGCCAGUGUAACCCCACUGGCGCGGAAAACUGCUAGCGGCGCAGCUGAGCGGCUGAAUCUGGUGCAGGUGACCAACCUGGCCACAACCUUGAGGUGGUUGAAACGGCAAAAUGUCUGGCUGGUUGGUGCCGACGGCAGCGCACCGAAAUCUAUCUAUGACAUCGAUUUGACCGGCGCCAUUGGCUUGGUGGUCGGUAAUGAGGGCGAGGGCCUGAAGCGACUUACUGCGAAGCACUGUGAUUUUCUCGCCCGGAUUCCCAUGACCGCGCAGAUGGAGAGCCUCAAUGUCUCCGUGGCCACUGGCAUUGUUCUGUUUGAAGCCGUAAGGCAGAGGAGAAUUGGUUGA